AUGUAUAAAGAACAAAUUCAAGAGUUAAAAGAUCUUAAGUCCCGCGGCGCUAGUAAAGAACGUCUCACGGCUGCUGCUGAGAGUCUUAAGCAAAUUAAAGCUAACGUGAAGAAAGAAUCCUUACAGUUCUUGAAGGUUCAUGAAAUAGAGUAUUAUGAAAAUAUUGGGAAAAGCUGGGAUUCUUACCCUAGUGCCAUCCGCAUACCUCGUGACUCUGAAGGAUAUGUUCAUGCCUUUUUACAUGAUGAUUGUUCAACGAAUAUGGAAGGAAUAUAUCAAUUUUUUUGCAAGUAUGGUUUUGUUGUUUUUGAAAAUGUUCUUAACGAGCAAGAAUGUACCGUUACGUGUGCAGAAAUAUGGGAUCAACUUGAGGAAAAGAAUACUGGUCUUGAUCGAUAUGUAUCUGAAACAUUUGAAUUGAUGUCAAGUAAAACUUACGGAUUGGCUCCUCAGCCUGCUGUAUUUAGUCACCAAAUUUCAAAAAACAGAAGCAAUCCUAAAGUUGUUUCAAUUUUUCAAGCUAUGCUGCAGUCACAAGAUAUUAUCAUUUCUCAUGAUAGAUGGUGUUUGUAUAGACCUACCCAAGAAAACAAAAAUAAAUUAGAGUACAAGCAUUCAUGGAAGACUCCAAGUAAUCUGCAUCUUGAUUUGAAUCCUUGGACAUAUAAUUCUGGCUGUACUCCUAUUAAUGAAUUAGAGUUUGAGCAUAUGCGAGAUUUCAGCAAGGAGUUGAAUGGAGUGUCUAUCCUAACAAGCCCUAACAUUCAAGGCGUCCUUUCUUUAACAGAUAAUCGUGAAUAUGAUGGAGGAACUCUUCUAGUUCCCGGAUUUCAUCGUUUCUUUGCCAAAUGGUGCAGUACACUAUCAUCAAUGAAAGAUCAGAUAGCCAGAGGCAGUCAGCAAGAAGAAGAGAACAGGUUAAUUUGGCGUGGCCGCGGAGCAGGAAGUUAUAAAUUUAGCUCUUUUGAUCCCAUACAUUCACUGAAACAACGUAUUACAAUGCGCGCGGGUAGUCUUUUGAUUUGGGAUCAGCGUGUUGUGCACGGCUCAUCUCCAAACCACAGCCAUAAAUUCCGAGUGGCUCAGUUUAUUCGUGCCUUUCAGGAAUCCAGCGAGGGAAGGAACAAGAGAUACACCUGA